GUUCGACGACACACGAGCAGGUAUAUUUUCAUAGAAUAACCAAAAACAACUCUUCAAAACGUUUUCAAUAUGUUAAAGCACGUGCCGCACUUAAAUGAUAAAUUCGUAAGUAUACGAUAAGCCCAUAAAACAAACAACGAAACUUUUCCAAGACAGAGGCUCAGUUCGUUAACCAAACAGCUUAAUUCAAUUCACUUCUCAUAAAAUAAUAAUUCAAAAUACAUUAACCCAGGAACAGGAAAAAUGUCAGACCGAGUAAUCGUUUCCGUUAAAGAAGGAAAAGUUCAUGGCAUCAAAAGAUAUUCGAAUUACUCUGGAGCUGUAUACUAUUCGUUUUUUGGAAUACCAUAUGGACAGCCGCCAAUAAAUUCAUUGCGAUUCAAAGAUCCAGUGAAAGUGAAACCUUGGAAAAACAUUUACGACGCCACGAUUGAAAAGCCCGGUUGCGUACAGUUCUGCUUGAAGUCUUAUCGAUUGACUGGAACGGAAGAUUGCUUAUUUAACAACAUACAUACACCAGAAUUACCAACAAAGUCCACUCUCUUGAGACCUGUGAUUGUUUUUAUUCAUCCUGGAGGAUUCCUUCACGGCUCACCCAAAGAAGAUGAUUUCGGAUCCACUACUUUUUUUAUGCAUCACGAUAUCGUGUAUGUUGGUAUUGCACAUAGAUUACAUAUCUUGGGUUUCCUGAAUUUAGGAAUAAAUGAAUGUUCGGGAAAUCAAGGUAUCAAAGAUAUAAUUCUGUCACUUCAAUGGAUCAAAGAAAAUAUAAAAUCAUUCGGAGGCGAUCCAGAAAACAUCACUCUUCUGGGCAGUAGCAGCGGAGCCUUCAUCGUCCACAUAAUGCUCUUGUCACCAGCAUCGAAAGGUCUUUUUCACAAAGCUGUCAUCAUGGGAGCAAAUUUGUUCGAUCCAACUGCACCCCUUCAAGAUACAAAUUCACCUAUUGCGUUCAAAUUAGCAUGCUCUUUGGGCUACAAAGGAACUUUGGACGAUGAGAAAAAAUUAUUAAGUUUUUUCAAGAAAUCCAAUCCUGUGCAAUUAAUCUCUGAACAAAGAAUGCUCUACUUCAAUGAAUUUCGUCAAAAUAACGCUUUAUUACUCCCGGGUGGUCUAUUUGUACCUACCGUUGACCAUGGAGAAAACGCAAUACUGCCUGAACCCAGAAACUUGAUUCAAUCCACACCACGAAUUCCCCUCAUGAUAGGAUAUGGCGAGAGAGAAUCAGCAUUGGGAUUUACUCGAGGGCGUAUCCGGGAAAGUACCCAAAAAAAUUUUAAAACAUCAAUUCGUCAAAAUCCCUGGGGAUGGGGAGGCAAACUGACUGACGAUGAUAUAGAGAUAAUAAACGAACAAGUGGAAUCUUUCUAUCUAGAAGGGAAGUCCACAAAACAAGCAUCAGUAUCGACAAUGAUUGAUAUUCAAACCGGUGCUAUGCUGUCGGAUACUUAUGAUACUUUAAUAAAUGUAGUCGCGUCUACUUCAGAUUCGCACGUUUAUGUUUAUAAAUUUUUGUUCGAAGGUGACAUGACGACCAUGAAAAACAAUUUCAUAAAUCUAUUCGACGAAAACCUAUCAGGUAUUUAUGAUUUGAAAAAAACAUUAUUGACUCUACUCCAGGAAAUUUCAUCUUUUAUACUAGGCACUUUUCAUGGAGACGAUGUCUGUUACUGGAAUUGUAUGGGCGAUCCACCAACGACUCCUAAAACUAAAGAAAUGGUAGAAAUGUUUACCAAAAUUAUCACCACGUUUGCCAGGAAUGGAGAUCCAAAUUUUGAAAAUUUGGAGGUUCAUUGGAGACCUACAAAACCAGAUUCUCCUUGUUAUUUGAGUAUAAAUAAUAAGUUGGAAAUGAUUAACGGUCGUGUGCAUGAAGAAAAAUUAGUAUUUUGGGAUAAAAUCAAGAAACAAUUCGGGAGACGAGACGAUGCAAUAGCUUCCCAAAAUGAUUAGCCAAUAAGUACUUGGAUGUUCAAUAUCAUAAGAUUGCUUAUUGGUUCAAUUCGAUCACGAAUAAUUAAAUUCUAAGUAUUAUUAAUUCUA